GUGCUGAAAGCUUUCAGUACGCCUUGGCACUCUGGAUUGCGCACACGCAUAUCAGAAGCAGCCAAUAGAACGGCUUGUUUCGAUAUUAUACACGAUAAACUUUAUAACCACGAUAUUGAAAAUUUAAAUUCGAAUUUCGAAAGUGGAUUCUUAGUGGACAGUGACGAGUAAAAAUAAUACGAUAGGCUUUUUGAAGUUGUUGAAGCAGUGGAAUUAACUAUGAAGGUUUUAACAGUUGAUGAUAAAGUGACCAGUGUUGGGAAUGAGAAUGAGCCCACUGUUGUAGUGGAAGUUCCAAAACCUACGAAAGAGGAAUUGAACAGAGGAUGUCCUCUCGGAGUUUCCCGGGUAACAGACUCUCUCUACGUCUGCGGGGCGCACGCCCUGCCCGGGGCAGUCCGGGCGCUCCGCCCCGGCCUCAUUGUGAGCGCCGCUCCGGAGCUUCCACCACCCCCUGAAGACUACGUCCCGAGGCACUUCGUGCCGUUGUUGGAUGCCCCCAGCUCUGAUAUGCACCCGUAUAUGGAUAGAGUGGCCAACCUGAUCAAUGAGGUUGUGGAAGGUGGUGACGUGGUGUUGGUCCACUGUGUCGCAGGGGUCUCCAGGUCAGUGACCCUGUGCCUCGCGUAUCUCGUCAAGUGGCAGAAGAUGUCGCUCCGAGAUGCCUACCACCACAUGAAGCUGAGAAGGCCACAAAUCCGACCAAACACUGGAUUUUGGAAGCAACUCAUCAAAUACGAAGACAGGCUUUACGGCGAAGCGUCUGUCAAGAUGGUAUACUGUGAAGCCAUAGACAAGGAGAUCCCUGAUGUCUACGAGCCAGAUUACAGGGGCAUGACUUGGUUCAGACAGCGAUAUGGACCUAUCGAGAAAUGCUGAAGAAGGAAGUAUGAAUGAUAGUGACUGCAGUGCGAAUGCGGAAGGAAUAAAAGACGACUGUAAAUAAAAAGACUGAGUGGAAGAAAGAAGGUGUAUGAAGAUGUAUGUAGCGAAGUUACGCAACGUCUAUGUGGUCCUAAUAUUUGAGGUUUCCAUGUUGAAAUUAUAGCGUGCUAUAUAAAUCAUUGUGGUGAUCAAGAUGACGAUGACAAAUAUAUUUCACAUUAACUUUAAUUAGAGUGAAUGAUCGCUCACCAAGAUCUAAUUGUUGGACCAUGUAGACCAGGCAAUCAUUAUACAGAAAACGGUGUUGCCGUAUUUAUUGAAAUGUAUUGUUUAUUUUUAAAAUGUUAUUGUUAAUGAAAUAAGCUUUAUAGAAUUGCGUAUAAUUUGUGUUGUCUUUAAGCUACAAAAUGUAUAAAGAAUAUAAUAAGAUCAGUUGAUGCAAAUGUAGCAUAUAUAUAAUGUGUGAAAAUCAUAUUAUAAACUUUUAAGAAAUGUGAUAAUUUAAUGUUAAUAUUUUAAGUAUAAGGGACCAAAUUAAAAACAAAAUGAUCUUUGAAA